CGAAGUAGAAGCAAAAUGGCUAACGAUGCUAACUCCCAGCAAAAGAAUACGGUUGAUUGCCAACCGCCAUUAAAACACAUAAAAGAAGAAGAAAACGAAACCAUAACGACACAUAAAAAAUUAAAGGAGGUAUGUCGAGUAUGUGAGAAGCCUUUUACUGUUAAAAAAGACAAACAUAAUUUGAUUAUCGGUGCCCGAGAGGUGAAGCCUCCCUAUACUUUAGCUCUGGAGGAGCUCACUGGACUCGUCGUUGAAACCACAGACGACCUAUUAGCCGUAUGUGGAGCUUGCAGAAAUUUAUUAAACCGAUACCACAGAAGCUCAUGUGAAGCGGAACGGAUCGGUACGUUGGUCAAGUCAAUGUCAGUGGCGCAUACCAAAACAACUGCGACUGGGGGUCGAGCCAGAAAACGGAAAUCAACUCCAACUGAUGGCGGUGUGGGAAAAAAGCUCCACAUCGAGAGUCUUGUGAGACGUCUGGGCUUUCCCAAGUCUUCUGGCUGUAGUCUAAAACCUGAGCCUCAGUCCCAGCCUCUACCUCAGCCAACGGCCCUGUCGUCUGAUGAUGGAGCAGUGAGGAAGACUCUUGUCACCAUGACCCCAGCAGAACUUCCUCCACAGCCAGUUCUGUCUGCAGUCUGUAGUCUGAAACCUGGGCCACAGACUCUACCUCAGCCAACAGCCCUGUCAUCUGAUGAUGGAUCAGUGAGGAAGACUCUUGUUACUAUAGCCCCAGCAGUACUGCAUUCACAGCCAGUUCUGUUGGCUGUCUGCAAUCUGAAACCUGGGCCUCAGCCACAGCUUCAGCCACAGCCACAGCUUCAGCCUCAGCCACAGCUUCAGCCACAGCUUCAGCCACAGCCACAGCCACAGCCACAGCCACAGCCUCAGCCUCAGCUUCAGUCACAGCCACAGCUUCAGCCCCAGCUUCAGUCACAGCCACAGCCACAGCCUCAGCCACAGCCACAGCUUCAGAGACGGCCUCAGCCACAGCUUCAGAGACGGCCUCAGCCACAGCUUCAGUCACGGCCUCAGCCACAGCUUCAGCCCCGGCCUCUACCUCAGCUUCAGUCCCGGCCUCUACCUAAGCCAAAUAGCCUGUCAUCUGAUGAUAGCGCAGCGAGGAAGACUCUUGUCAUCAUACCCCCAGCACUGCAUUCACAGCCCGUUCUGGCAGCUGUGAGCCAGACAGCAAGAAAUCCAACUGUUGAGACGAACUGUACCAGGCCCCAGGCCCAAUCCCAGCUCCACCCGGAGUCCCAGCAUGCACCUCAGCAAACUGUUGAGGGUUCUAAUGAUGAAGCAGUGAAAAAGAAACCUGCAACUACAGUUCCAGUAGUUUGGUCUGCAGAUUCAGUUAAGGCAGCUGUGAGCCAGACAGGACGAAAUCUAGCUGUUGAGGCAAGCUGUAGCAGGCCACAGCCCCAAUCCCAGCUCAAUCCGGUGUCCCAGCAUGCACCUCAGCCAACUGUUCAGGCUUCUAAUAAUGAAGCAGUGAAGAAGAAACCUGCAACUACAGUCCCAGUAGUUUGGUCUGCAGAUUCAGUUAAGGCAGCUGUGAGCCAGACAGCACGAAAUCCAGCUGUGGAUAUGUGCUGUAGCAGGCCACAGCCCCAAUCCCAGCUCCACCUGGAGUACCAGCAUGCACCUCAACCAACUGUUCAGACUACUGAUGAUGAAGCAGCUGGCAAGAAACCUGCAACUACCAUUCCAGUAGUUUGGUCUGCAGAUUCAGUUAAGUCUGCCAUCUGUAGUCUGAAACCUGGGUCUCAGCCCCAGCCUCUACCUCAGCCUACGGCCCUGUCGUCUGAUGACGGAGCAGUGAGGAAGACUCUUGUUACCAUGGCCCCAGCAGUACCGCAUUCACAGCCAGUUCUGUCUGCCUUAACAAUCCAGGAAUGUGUGACCAGGCUGGUCCAGACUGAUCAGCUUCAGAUGCAACCUACUGUCCAGACUUCUGCUGGCGGAGCCCCCGCCCUGAAUUUACAACCACUGCUGAUUCAACUGGAUGGCAGCUAUACCACGACACAACCUGGUCAAAGCACACCGUCGCCUCUCCCUGCAACAACUAAAGCCGGGUCGUCGGGACGUGGUGCACCAACACCGUCUGCAAGCACAAAACCUCCAAUGAAAAAGCAAUCAAAGGUCACCAUAAGAACAGCAAAAUCCCUAAAAAGUCGGAUUGUCUGUGGACCCAUGGAGAGGGUACUCCACCACAUUGUUCAAGGAACUCUGCACAGAAUCCCACACGCACUUCUGUCUGUCCCUGGAAUGUUUGAUUUUAUGGUCCACGAGAUGACUAAUAUUAUCAGAAACGAGUGCAAGAAGCUAACAAGCCGGAAAUUCACAUCUAUUCUCCGACGGACCAGCAUCGAAGACCUAAAGAACUUUAAAUGGAUGAAUGUUGUUGAAGAGUGGAGGACAAACGCACCGACCUUUCUCAAGUUUUUACAGUGCGCGAGCACUGUCUCCAUUGAGCCCGCUACCGCUACUUCAAGAAUACGCCCUAACCCCCCCAGAAGGAUUAAUAAAUACCGAUUACCAAUGGCUGGGGCGAUACUCCUGAACGCACGCUGCGAGUCAAUGUCAGCACAUAUGUACACGAAUGCUCUGGUUAUGUGCCAUAGUGGCUCAAGAAGACGUUUUAAAUGGUUAAAUCGAGUGGGUGUGUGCAUAACUAGCGGGAUGGCUCUUGCAAAGCUGAAAGCAAUGGGACCGGCAUGGGACAAUAAAACCUUCUUCCAAUGGACAGAGAAUGUAUGCAAAGACAGAGCAUCAAAGGCGGCCUCUGAAGGAGCAGACGCAGCGUUCACUAUACCGCCGAUAGACACGGAUUCAGAUGAAUCCCAGGCAAGUGAAAACAUUAAAAAUAUGUUGUGUCGGUACACCACAUGA